GGUCACUUAGUGCCCCGCCGCUUACCACAAAGCAGGAUUCCUGAGAUCUUUAGCCACCAAUGGGGGAGAGGCUGCACAGUCAGAAGAGCUUUGCUUGCUCUUUUGACGAGUGUAAAGCUGUGUUCAGCAAAUCAUGGAAACUAGAGGCUCACCUUUGUAAACACACCGGAUUGAAACCGUUCUCAUGUGAGAACUGCGACAGGAGCUUCUCCACUCGCCCUCAGCUCUCCAGGCAUGAGCUCAGCCACAGUGGGGAGAAACCACACAAGUGCCUGGCUGACGGAUGCUCCGAGGCGUUUGCCACAAACGCCAGCAUGAAGAACCACGUGGCUCGAGUCCACCAGCACCAGGAGAAGCGCCAUCAGUGUGACGUUCAGGGCUGCACGAAGGAUUUCCACAAGAGGAACCAAAUGAAAGCUCACAAGUGUGAUCAGCACCAGCAGCCUCCGCCUUUUCACUGUACUUUCAGUGGCUGUACCAGAGAGUUCCCCUCGCAUGGAAGACUUCAACACCAUAAGAAGAUGCAUGAAGGCUACCCCUGUGAGACGGAUGCAUGUUCUUUCAAGGGGAACACAUGGACUGAAUAUCUGAAGCACAGAAAACUACAUCUAGUCAAGGUGUCGUGUGGGAAGUGCACCAAGCUGUUCAACAACUCGUGGUUUUUACGCCAACAUGAGCUGCGCGUCCACUCCGGGCAGCCCAAGAGGAUGUUCGCUUGCCCCAGAGACGGCUGCAGCAAAAUGUUCUCUCGCCGCUUCAACAUGGAAAGUCACGUCCUCGGAGACCACGAGGGGAAGAAGCCCUUCAGCUGUGCCUUUCCUGGCUGUGAGAAGAGCUUCGCCAUGAAGGAAAGCCUGUGGCGGCAUGGAGUGGUGCACGACCCAGCGAAGAGGAAACUGAAGGUGCUGCAUCCGAAAAAGAACCGGCCUCAGCAGGUCAGACCGGCAGCUGCAACCAAUCAAGAGGAAACCAACAAGCUUGUUAAAAAGCUGCACACGAUGGCUUUGUGA